AAAGUGCAGCUUAGUGUGACGGAGACUGUGAAAACGAAUUGUUCCCGCGAUGCAUUCGAAUAUUAAGUGGCUAGUAGCCUUCAUGGCAAUCGGGGUUUGUCUGGCCCUGCCCGCUGGGGAGGAUGCCCAGGCGGAGACCAUCAAACUGGAGAGCGAGAACACUGGCGACAAGUAUUCCUUUGCCUAUGAAACGAGCAAUGGAAUCUCGCGCACUGAGACUGGAGAGGUGAAGCCAGGUGCUGGUGAAGAGGAUGGCUCUCUUUCUGUCCAGGGCUCGACCAGCUGGUCAGCUCCAGAUGGCAAGAAGUACGAGAUCAGCUUCACGGCCGACGAGACUGGCUACCACCCCAAGUUCAGGCUGGUGGCCUAGGAGAGGUCUGAAACUCAAAUUCAGCUAAAUAUUCCCAAUAUUUAAUUAGUGACUACAUUAAUCCAAUGCAGAAAUGUUUAAGAUCGAAGAAUAAACUAGACACAAUUUUAAAAUCUUAA